CAACUACAUCUAUACAACAUAUCGUUAUUCAUUCUGCUGUCUUCACGGUUAAGACAAGGCGCACGUCGCCAUUUUACUACAUCAUCAAAGAUCAUGGCCAGUGCAGAGACUUAUCAGCCGAAUUGGGCUGUUCGAGCAGUAACCACACCAACAAAAGACACCGACCUCUGUCUAUAUGUCUCUUUCGAUAACGUUCGCUUUUUGUUUGGAUGCGGAGAAGGAACACAAAGAGCAUUUGCACAGAAGAAAAUUGGCUUCUCGAGACUGGGGGGUGUGUUUAUUGGAAGUGGUGAGUUGAAAGGAAGAGGCGGGUUGCCUGGUGUUUUGAUGUCUGCAUCAGAUGCAGGUCUUUCAAAGAUAGAUGUUGUUGGCCCUCCGGACAUAUCUCAGUAUUUAGCGACUUUACGAUCAUCCGUCAUACGCGAAAAUUUGACGGUUAACGUCAUUCCAUACCCAAGGGACGUUACUCCUGGUACACCGGUGAAGCUUUAUGAGUCGAGGAAUAUAACCGUGCACGGUGUUGCCCUCAUUCCUACGUUAGACCCGUUUUCAGCCACUGAGACCAAUAUGGUCUAUCCUCCCUACGAUCCCUAUUCUGCCACAUUCAAUCCCAGUCACUUGUCGCCCGCUGAUCUGCAAAAAUGGUGUGAUCAUAUUGUCCGGGAUAUGUUUCAAAAUAAUGCACAGGCUCGUCUUUCAAAACGAGCGCCUUCUGCUACUCCUUCACCUUCGACAUCCCCUCGAUUAGGCUCUCCGAUUGGCUCGUCCAAGAGGCCGCGAACAAACAAUGUCUUUCUAGCGCCGGAUGGCACCAUAAACGCUGCUCGUCCUGAUCCCCGAGCUCCUCUGCCCUUACCCUCCGAUUCCGACGUCGAGACACAAAUGUUGUAUAUUUGCCAAGCCCCAGAUGUUCGGGGUAAAUUCGAUGUCGCGAAAGCGAACACUCUUGGAGUACCUAAUGGCCCUUUGAGAGGGAAGUUGACAAGGGGUGAAUCGAUCGAAGUGCCGGAUCCAAAUGUGGAUGGCGGGACAAGGGUAGUAAUGCCUGAGGAUUGUUUGGUUGGAGGAGGAAAAGGAGGGACCCUUGUCAUUGUAAAUUGUACAGAAAAGACAUUGCAAACGUUACUUGAUGGUGACGCUUUGCAUAAAUGGCAGAAGGAGACGCCAACUGGGGAAAGAGAAGGUGAGGGAGGGAUUGAUGUGAUGGUACACAGAGUGCCAAGAAGUGUUUGGGGAGACGAACGAUACCAGGCUUGGAUGCAAUCUUUUGGAGAGAAGACGAAACAUCUAAUAGCGAAUACAACUCCUGCUAUCGAUCAUACCGUAUUCAACUCUGCCGCAUGGAACACCCUCCACCUUUCUCUAAUCGAGCCUACAAUCUUCCACCCACCAUUCCUUCGCCAUGCUUCUACUUCAUUUCCCAGCUUUGAAUCCAAUUUGCCCUCCAACGUCACCUUCAUUCAUCCGAAUGACUUUGUCAAGAUGUAUCCUCCUUCCCCACUAGAGACAUUCCCGUGGCAUGAGAAGGAUUUACCUUUCACUGUCACUGAAAAUCAAGCGGACGAUGCAAGGGAGAAAGUAAAGAAAGAGAAAAAAGAUUACGAUGUAGUGUGUGAGAAGGCUAGGAGCAUCGUCCGGCAACUCGACAUGGAAAAGGCGAAGGCAAAAGAGACGGCUGAUGAGGAUGAACAGAGUGAUGACAUCGUAGUUACAACUCUUGGCACAGGCUCAGCCAUCCCUUCUAAAUACCGCAACGUCUCCUCAACACAUCUGGCCAUACCAUCCCUCGGUGGUAUACUCCUCGACGCCGGGGAAGGUACUUUGGGACAGCUGAAAAGAAGGUUUGGCGAGGGGUUGAAAAGUAUCUUAGAAGAACUGAAGAUGGUAUUUGUGAGUCAUAUGCACGCCGACCAUCAUUUGGGAAUGAACGCCGUACUAGAAGAGAGAUUCAGACUCGGCAUCAAUACACCUCUUUACAUCAUCGCUCCUUAUUUGAUUGCUCUUAACUUACAAGAAACGGCCACUUGGCAAGCCGUGGGGGCAGAGAAAGGACUGAAGAAUGUUAGGUUUUUGUGUGUAGAAAGAUUAGGUGAGAGGAUGUCAGUGGAUGUCACGGAAAAGGAUAGUUCUCAGAAGGUCGAGUGGAGGCAGAUGGAAGGGGGCGGGAAGAGAAGAUGGCCAUUUGUUCCUUUACAUGGCUUCUCCGAGUCUGUCUCCAAGAUUCAGAGGCUUUACCUCCGCCAACUAUUCGCUGACCUGGGUCUCACCGCCAUCUAUGCGCCCUCCGUACCUCACCGUGGACGAGCUUACGGUCUCGUCCUCGAAGGCGCUCCUACUGGCAAAGACGGGUUGAAGGGGAAAGGAUGGAAAAUAGUCUACUCUGGCGAUACUAAACCCUCACAAAAACUUGUCGAAGCUGGCAAGGGCGCGACACUAUUGAUACACGAAGCAACACUCGAGGAUGAUAAGCCAGAAGUGGCGGCGGUCAAGGGGCAUAGUACAUUCUCGCAGGCGAUCGACGUUGGGAAGGAAAUGAGAGCCAAGUAUAUUCUGCUCAAUCACUUCUCUCAACGAUAUCCUAAACUGCCAAAGUUGCCCAUGCCGACAUCUGUCGUGCCUGUCGUCGAAACUCCCCCCACCGAGUCCAUUAACGCUGAACCAAAUGCCAUUUUCGGUGAGAAUGCGACUUUCUCUGCCUCCUCGACCAGCUUGCAAGUUUCAACCGAACCUAUUGUAUCAAUCUCAUUCGACUUCAUGUCCCUUCGCCUAGGUGACAUGUGGAAAAUGCCCUACUACAUGGAAGGUUUGUCAAUGUUGUUCGCCGAGCCGGAAGAUGGAGAAGAUGUCGUGAACGCAGUUCAGACGACUGAAGGCACAGGCGUAGAUGGAAAAGAGGGAAAUGAGAAAGGAGGAAAUCAGGGUAAAGGAGACGGGAAAGAGAAGACGGUUGCCAAUGUGAGUUGGGGGGGGAAUAAUGCUAGUCCUGUGGUAGCGAAGCCUGCUUCAAAGUCAAAACGGUCCCUCAAAAAAGAAGCUGCAAGAGCGGUCAAGGCGAAAGCGGAGGAAGAGCGAGCCGCUGCUUCUGUGAGUGGAAUAAUGGUUGGCGGGAUACAGAAAGAGGAGAAGAAGGAGAAGAGAGGGGGUAGCCCCGGGUUGGAAGGGCCUGAUCGCAAGAGAAGAUCGACGGGCAUUGAGGAAAGUGGUGUCGAGGAAGCAUGACCAGAGUGUGACUCAUAGCAUUUAUCAUCUAUCAUUAAGCAUGUACACAGCAUAUUAUUUUCA